AUGGCAACUAAUGAGCCAGAGGGCUUCGAACCCAUUACGCACCAGCGAACUGGAAGCAAACUUACCCGUAUAUUCACCGACUCGUCCAUAUUUUCAUCUCGACGAGUUAGCCGGAGUUACGAUGAGUCCACGGACGAAGAAGAUCGCGAGCCAAUCAGCUUGGCCGCAGAUUGGAAAUUGAUGCCAGAGAUUAGAGACUUUCAGCAGCAGGGCGAAAAGGACGAGGUUAAAAAACGCAGACUCGGAGUCACCUGGAGCGACCUAACGGUCAAGGGCGUUGGGGCUGAUGCCGCCAUUAGCGAGAAUGUGGGAUCUCAAUUCAAUAUCCCACGAGCGAUUCAAGAAGGAAGGCGUGGGGCGCCCUUAAAAACGAUCAUCGACCGGAGCCACGGAUGUGUCAAACCAGGGGAGAUGUUGUUGGUCCUCGGCCGACCUGGCGCAGGAUGUACUACACUUCUCAAGACACUUGCAAACAAAAGGGGGGGUUAUGCCGAGGUUACUGGAGAUGUAUCUUGGGGGUCCCUCAACCACGAGGAGGCCGCCCAAUAUCGGGGGCAGAUUGUGAUGAAUACAGAGGACGAAUUGUUCUUUCCAACACUCACUGUUGGGCAGACCAUCGACUUUGCCACAAAGUUGAAAGUUCCCUUCGACCUCCCGUCCGAUAAAGAAAGCCCAGCCGAGUUUCAGCGAGCAAGUCGAGAUUUCCUGUUGAAAUCUAUGGGUAUCUCUCACACAUACGAUACCAAAGUCGGUAACGAAUUCGUACGUGGCGUUUCUGGAGGUGAACGGAAACGAGUCAGCAUCAUCGAGACGCUGGCUACCAGAGGAAGUGUCUACUGUUGGGAUAACAGUACCCGCGGUCUAGAUGCCAGUACUGCUCUUGAAUACACCAAAGCUGUUCGAGCAUUGACGGAUGUGUUUGGCCUCGCUUCGGUUCUUACACUAUAUCAGGCCGGGAAUGGAAUAUACAAUCUGUUCGACAAGGUCUUAGUCCUCGACGAAGGGAAAGAAAUCUACUAUGGCCCAAUGAAAGAAGCCCGGCCGUUUAUGGAAGGCCUUGGCUUCUUUUGCAAUGACGCAGCCAACGUCGCUGACUUCCUCACUGGAGUGACCGUUCCGUCAGAAAGGAAGAUUCGCGAAGGGUAUGAAGAUUCGUUUCCCCGAACCUCAGAUGAUAUUCGCGCGGCAUACGAAAAAUCAACGAUCAAGGCAGAGAUGGAGGCUGAGUACUCGUACCCCACGAGCGACAUUGCGAAAUCCAACACCGAGGAUUUCCGGGAAGGUGUUCAAAAUCAGAAGCAUAGGAGCCUGGCUAAGAAGUCUCCAUUCACCGUCAGCUUCGUAACUCAGGUCAGGGCUUGCGUUACACGCCAAUACCAAAUUCUUUGGGGAGAUAAAGCGAGCUUCCUCAUCAAACAAUUUUCCACGCUUGCUCAAGCACUGAUUGCGGGGUCGAUGUUCUAUAAUGCACCGGCUAAUUCAGGCGGUCUCUUCCUCAAAUCAGGAGCAGUGUUUUUGGCAUUACUGUUCAACUGUCUUCUCGCCAUGUCUGAGGUUACCGACUCUUUCUCAGGCCGGCCUGUUCUCGCAAAGCAUAAGGCCUUUGCUCUUUAUCAUCCAGCUGCCUUCUGUUUAGCACAAAUCGCCGCAGAUAUACCCGUCCUACUAAUACAGAUCGCACAUUUCUCCCUCGUGUUAUACUUCAUGGUGGGACUGAAACAAUCGGCUGGCGCAUUCUUUACCUUCUACAUAUUUCUCUUCGUAACUACAAUGACAAUGACGGCAUUGUUUAGAGCAAUUGGUGCUGGUUCCUCGACAUUCGACGGUGCUAGUAAGGUUUCUGGGUUCAUGAUCAUGGCAUUAAUUAUGUAUACCGGAUACAUGAUUCGAAAGCCACAAAUGCAUCCAUGGUUCGUUUGGAUUUAUUGGAUCAAUCCUCUGGCAUACGGGUUCUCGGCACUUCUCUCAAACGAGUUUCACCAAACAACUAUCCCGUGCGUCGCGGUAAAUCUAGUUCCCAAUGGGCCUGGCUAUGCCAACUCCCUUUAUCAAGCUUGCAGUGGGGUUGGAGGAGCUAGGCCCGGGGCGACUAUCGUUUAUGGCGAUGAUUACCUUGCAUCACUCUCUUAUUCACAUUCAAAUAUGUGGCGGAAUUUCGGUAUUCUUUGGGCAUGGUGGGUUCUGUUUGUUGUGAUUACAAUUAUUGCUACAUCCAAGUGGAAGGACCAAGGGGGGAAGGGCGGGAAUCUCCUCGUUCCCCGCGAGAAGGCGAAGAAGGCCGGCCACCUAAUUGCUGACGAGGAAUCUCAAGCAAAGGAAGAGAAGCCAGCCGUAAACUCUGGCAACAAUUCGUCCCAAAAUGAUGCCACUGGCAGCCAACUUGUUCGCAAUACCUCCGUCUUCACCUGGAAAAACCUUUCAUACAUAGUUAAAACACCUUCUGGUGACCGGACACUGCUUGACAACGUGUAUGGAUGCGUCAAACCAGGCCAACUCGGAGCACUUAUGGGUUCCUCCGGCGCUGGCAAGACGACUCUGCUAGAUGUCUUAGCCCAACGAAAGACGGAAGGAACUAUAAAAGGGUCUAUUCUAGUGGAUGGACGGCCUCUGUCGCUCAGUUUCCAAAGAUCGGCAGGCUACUGUGAGCAACUCGAUGUCCAUGAACCUCUUGCAACUGUUCGGGAAGCCCUCGAAUUUUCAGCCCUUCUUCGCCAGUCGAGAACCACACCGAAGGAAGAAAAACUCAGAUAUGUGGAUACAAUUAUUGAUUUACUGGAGAUGCACGACAUCGAGAAUACCCUGAUCGGCACGACCGGUGCUGGCCUCUCUGUUGAGCAGAGGAAGCGGUUAACCAUUGGUGUUGAACUUGUUUCCAAGCCGAGCAUUCUUAUUUUCUUGGAUGAGCCCACUUCGGGUCUUGAUGGCCAGGCGGCUUUCAAUACCGUGCGGUUCCUUAGGAAGCUUGCUGAUGUUGGCCAAGCUGUCUUGGUCACCAUUCAUCAGCCAAGCGCACAGUUAUUCCUGCAGUUCGAUCGUCUGCUCCUUCUGGCCAAAGCAGGCAAGACCGUCUAUUUUGGCGAUAUCGGGGAGAAUGCGUCGACUAUUAAAGAGUAUUUUGCACGAUAUGAUGCACCUUGUCCGAAGGAUGCUAAUCCCGCUGAGCAUAUGAUCGAUGUUGUAUCUGGCUCGCUCUCCCAGGGGAAGGAUUGGGAUCAAGUCUGGCUUCAAUCGCCAGAACACACCCGCGCCCUCGCAGAACUAGACCAAAUAAUCGAAGAGGCGGCGUCAAAGCCACCUGGUUCUAGCGACGACGGGUAUGAGUUCGCCAUGCCACUUUGGCAACAGAUAAAGCUCGUAACUCAGAGGAUGAACGUUUCAGUCUGGCGCAACACAGACUACAUCAACAACAAGAUGGCCUUACAUAUCGGUUCCGCCCUUUUCAACGGCUUUUCCUUCUGGAAGAUUGGCAACAGCGUAGGAGACCUACAACUCCGGCUUUUCACAGUCUUCCAAUUCAUCUUCGUCGCACCGGGAGUCAUAGCUCAACUCCAGCCCCUCUUCAUCGACCGCCGGGAUAUUUACGAAACGCGCGAAAAGAAGUCAAAAAUGUACUCCUGGGUUGCCUUUGUCACAGGUCUCAUCGUCUCCGAACUUCCCUACCUCUGUAUUUGCGCAGUGCUCUACUUCGUCUGCUGGUACUACACAGUAGGCUUCCCAUCCGAUUCGAACAAAGCUGGCGCCACCCUCUUCGUUAUGUUGUGUUACGAGUUCAUCUACACUGGCAUGGGUCAAUUCAUCGCAGCUUAUGCACCCAACGCAGUUUUCGCAUCUCUUGCCAACCCCUUAGUCCUCGGUAUCCUAAUUUCAUUCUGUGGCGUUCUCGUCCCAUACCUGCAGAUAACACCUUUCUGGAGAUAUUGGAUCUACUGGAUGAACCCAUACAAUUACCUCAUGGGCUCCCUCCUCACAUUCACAAGCUUCGACGCUCCUGUACGUUGCAGGGAGGAAGAAUUCGCCGUGUUCAGCCCCCCUGGAAGCCAAACAUGUGGGGAAUACCUCGCGGGCUACAUGCAAGGCAUGGGAGCGCGGACCAACUUGACAAAUCCAGAUGCCACCGCCUCCUGCAAAGUUUGCCAGUAUCGAACUGGUUCUGAUUGGCUGGUCGGGUUGAAUCUGAAUGACUACUACUAUGGGUGGAGAGACGCUGCGAUCGUGGUGAUCUUUGUGUUCAGCGGCUACGCAAUGGUGUACCUCUUGAUGAAGCUGCGGACGAAGAGGAGUAAGACUGCAGGCUAG